AAUAAGGUUUGUUUGAUUUUUGUAGAAUUUCCUGGCUCUUUGUGCUAGUAACUACUACAAUGGAUGCGUAUUUCACCGAAAUAUAAAGGGCUUCAUGGUUCAGACAGGAGAUCCAUUAGGCACUGGGAAAGGAGGCAACAGCAUCUGGGGCAAGAAGUUUGAAGAUGAAUUCAGUGAAUAUCUAAAGCACAGUGUCCGUGGGGUAGUUUCCAUGGCAAACAAUGGUCCCAACACCAAUGGAUCGCAGUUCUUCAUCACUUAUGGUAAACAGCCACACCUGGACAUGAAGUACACGGUGUUCGGAAAAGUUAUUGAUGGCUUGGAGACCCUGGAUGAGCUGGAGAAGCUGCCUGUGAAUGAGAAAACCUAUCGACCUCUUAAUGAUGUUCGCAUUAAAGACAUUACAAUUCAUGCCAACCCUUUUGCUCUGUAGCCACAGAAUGCCUCAACACAUUCUUCAGAGACUGGUCAGAUCAUUCCCAAAUCAUGGGGUUUAAAGAGCCAUCAAGAAGGGUUAUUUCUGCUGGAUUAUAUAUUUGCUCAUUGAAUGCAGAAUUUUCAGGAGCUGUGACAUUGUUUGGGGAGUUGUCACAGAGAAGUCUUGCACUUCAGAAGCCAGGUUUUCCAAUGUAUCUUCCAGCAUUUUGAUUUUUAAACACUGUUUUUUAUACUUGUAAAAUAAAAAAAAAAACCUUUAUUUUUUUCCCUAA